AUGAAGCAAGAAAAUUUUGUUUUCAAGACACCUGAAAAGAAAACAACUCAAGAAAUCAAACAGAGUCCAAAACUUAAAAUGAUUGAAUACAGAAAAUUUGUGACUCCUAUUAAAGUUGAAGAUACCCUUGUAAAGAAAGAAUCUAAUGAAAAAAUAACAGGCAAAACACCUAUGAGAGAAAUUGACUGGUGUGGUUUUAUAACCAAUUGCUUGAAAAUAUCAAAGACGACAUGGGAUGAUACCGAUAGAGGAAACUACUAUUGUGUGCCACUUCUUGUAUUAUUGCUAGCUUAUUUGGAGUUUACGAGAAAUGAUAAGAAUGAAAAAAGACAAAUACAUGCACUACAUUUUUGGGAUUAUGAAAUGAUGGUGAAAAGGGAAAAAGCUGAGUUAAAGAGUCGUGACUUUGGAACUUUGGAAUGGAAUGAUGAUGUUAUAGAGAAUGAUGAAAAAUCCGACACCAAUGAAAAUGAAGAUAUGAAACUCGAUGAAGGAGAUGAAAGCAAUGAAGAUGAACACAUGAAGAAAGAAAUAAAAGAUGAAAAACUUGAUGAAGGAGAAAGUUAUGAUUCAGAAGAAACAGAAUGUGACAACAAUAUCUUGGGAAUUGAAGAUGAUGAAGACAAAAAAAGAGAGAGAAGUAGGAAAAAGACUAAAAAAACCAUCACUGAAGCUAUCUUCUCCUUAUAA